CAUGUUGGGGUAUGUUCUUCCCUGGUGUAACUCUAACGUCAGUGGAGAGACACCAUAGAAGUACCAAAGAUAGAUAAACAGUAACAUCGGCCUCGCUGUGCCUCUGUUUGUCCAUCUGUAAAACAGGAUCGAUAUGUACCCACCUCAAAGGUGGCUGAAGCUGUUUCUGAGGGGCAUAUCCUCUGCUGAUAUAAACGGUCCAGUUGAAGUCAGAGGAGCUCUGACAAUUUAAACUGGCCCCACAGUGGCUGAGAAGCAUUUUGUGUUUAUCCUAUUAGAGUGGCUCAAAACUUUUUGAAAUUUCCAUGAAAAACAUUUGACCAAAACAACAACAAAAUGUUGAAAAGUGUCUGUGAAAACUUGUUACUGCCUUUCAACCAGCUCUGAAUCCUAGGCACUCACAGGGGAAGGGUCCCAUAGGUGAAAUGAGCACAGUGAUGGUAAAUGCUGCCUCUGAAAUAUUAAUGGUCCCUGUCAGAUGAGGCCUGCAUUGUAACGAUACCUCCCAUCAUGGGGGAGUUAAUUGAAUCAAUGAAGGGAACAGCACAGCCGUCGAGCAUAUGCCGUCUUUUUGACCAGUCUAGUCAUUACUGCAGGACCCUUGUCACUCAUCACUGCUUCAUUACACCACUUUGCCUGCGAGGGGAUUUGAUGCAAAGUGUCCAAUGAGGGUCCAAGCUGGCUCCAAAUCCAGCUUUGCAAAGCCACAGAUAAAAACGACUUCCAUUAAUAAGGCAAGAAAGGUUAGGACAAGAAGCAUUACAGCAAAUCUGGAGAGUUAUCCAUGAAGGAGGUUGGAGACGGGCUGCAUGAACAGAUGAACUGCAUGAUGGGUGCCCUGCAAGAGUUGAAACUCCUCCAGGUCCAGACAGCUUUGGAGCAGUUGGAGAUUUCAGAGACUCGAAACAAGGUUUCAGGCAUUGGCCAGCACCAGUGCUGUCGAAAUGGCAGAGAGGUGCCCAGAGCCAGCAGGCAGAAUGAGAGGUUGUUGGGAAGGAGAUCUUUGGAGGAGUGCAGCCCCAUGGCGUUUGCACACUCCACCCAGGUGCCACAAUCUGCCAGCCUGUUUGGCCCUGUGACUUUACCAGACAGUAGCCACCACAGACACGUGGCUUAUAGCAAAGACUGUUAUCCUACUAGCAGACCGUCUUCAGCUCUGACCACAGCAGAGUACUGCCCGCCAAGGAAAUUUGAGUCAGCCAGUUUGGGCACAGCUGGGAACCAACUUCAUAGAGACACAGCCAGCAUCCCUCAGACUUUGGCUCGGAGUAGAUUGGGAUGCAGAGAAUGCCAGGCUUCUGAUGAGGCCAAUGACUGGACUUCCUCACUAAUGUCUCAGAGCAGGAACCGGCAGCCUCUGGUCUUGGGGGAUAAUAUCUUUGCAGAUUUGGUCGGGAACUGGUUGGAUCUGCCAGAGCUGGAUAAAAAGGGGGAGAAAAAUGAGACUUCCCUGUCCAUCAGCAGGUCUCAGGAGUUCUACAGGAAGUUUUCCUUCACGGCCAACAUCUUCAAAAAGUUCUUGAGGAGUGUACGGCCAGACCGAGAUAGACUCCUCAAAGAAAAACCAUGCUGGCUCCCAGCGGAAGAUAGAGAGACUGAAAUUUCAAAGAGAUCCAAAAAGGUGAGCAAACAGAAGGGGACAUUUUACUUCCCCCUCCAUGGGAACCUACAGAAUUCUCACAGCAAAAUGGACAGGUACCCAAAGGCAGAAGCUAGUAGUGACAAAUCCAAGAAUUGUGCCAAGAAGAUCCAUGGCACCACAGACCACACCCAGUCAGGCUUUGAUAUGAAUACAGCCGUAUGGGUCUAAGUUCCUGUAAGCGUCUCCUUUGCCAAAUGGUUCUGCUUCACGCUAGAGAUGAGCUGGAGCACAUACAUGCCUGUACAUGAUAUACCCCAAAGGCCUGCCCCACACUGGGGUGGGGGAAACAGCGUAUCCUGUAGUGUAGAGGAUGCUGUGGGCGGCAGCCCCAUGAGCCCAGCUUCUAAGAGACCUACAUCUCCUGGGGAAGGACGUCCGAACAGCAGCUGAAUCAGGACUGUGUGCAGAAGCUUUCCAGAGCUGGUGCUUAGGAGAAUGACCAGAUUUCUUGACAGCGUCCAGGGCAGGUAGCACCAUGGAUAGCCAGCCCCUUACCUGUGUGUGAGCCUCUCUGGUCAUAGGGAUUUCAUGUUUGCCAAAUCCAUUCAGUUCAUCUCUGGUUAAGAUCACUACGGUACAUAAAAUGCAGUAUGUGUGUGUGUGUGUGUUAUGUAUAUAUUUUUAAAUCCGCUCUCCCUUGUGUGCACUUAAUACUGGAUUAUAAACCAGGCAACUCGAAGGUUGAUCUCAGAGCACUUGAUAUUUAAAUUAAAAAAGUAAGGUAUGAAUUUAUAAGAGACUGCAGUACUUGAACAGUCGCUGAAUGCAGAUGUUGUGUGCUCACCAUCCCCUUGCAUUUCAGCUGUUCUUUUUCUAAAGCGUUAUCUCCAAUGUGCUCUUUGCCUGUCCUCUCCAGCAUCAGUUUAACCAGUAGUAUAAGUAACAGGUCUAUACAUGGAAUUUUGUGAUGUCCAGAAAUUCUUCACCAGUUUAGCGUUACCCUUCAUGGCCUUAAACCCAGAUGCUGCACUGAGAUAUGAAGUUGCAACAGACUUUGUGUUGGGUUGUUGGGGUUCUUUGUUUGUUUUAUUUGUUGUUAUGUACAGAUUUAGUCUUGAGAAAACAAAACAGAGUUCUUCAGUGUUCCACUCUCCAAGAAUUACUAAUAAAGCGAUGU